UUUAAAAAAGCCAAAAUGGCUCCAUGGAGCUGUAAAGGCCCCUUCACAUUUACUGUGUACAGCAGCAGUGAUAACAACAGCUACAACGACUACUGCAAUAGCAAAGCUGAGACUGGAAAGUCUUAUCGCUGUUUAACUAUAUUUUUCAACUGGUCAGUGUUUUUUCGGCAUACGGACGUUGUCAUUAUUGUAUCACUAACGCUAGCUUUUCUACAGACAACCGAUCAAAGGGCCGUGUCUUCAACAAGCGAGAAUAUGUCGUCAAUACUCCGUCAAGCAGUGUUAGCGGCAGGAGUGACGCCUAAGACAAGCAUGGAAGCUCUGGCAACGGAUGCACAACAGAGCGACGACUUACACGAAGCUUAUCGCGGGGAAGUAAAAAAAGCCGUUAAAAGACGUACCAGUAAAGACGCCGACUACAAUCCAGACACGUUCCCCUCUACUAAAGAUUACCUAGAGAGCUCAUAGCGUUAAAAAUAUGAUCUGCAAUGCAUGUCGCUUCCCAUCUGCCAAAGAUUUUUCACUCAGAAAAAUCUGAUUGAAAACAAGAAGUUGACAUGAAAUCUAAGCGGCGAUAACGCGCAAGGAAUACUUCAAAGAAAGCUCAUAUUCUAGAAAUCAAUACGUUGAGUUCCUGUAUUAUUAUUUCGCGUUUUAAUUAUAAAUGUUGUAGAUGAAGAGAAUUAGACAAUGAAUAAACUAGGGAGCGUCUAGUUGUCCACUACUUUUAAGAUUGAUUUUUUUUACCACAUCGCGGGAAAACAAUUACUUUGAAGUGUCACUUCUUCCUACACGUUUCGCCCAUUUCAUUAAAAUGUCAGUAAAAUCUUUCUAGAAUUAUUGUAUUGGUUUAGUAACYUGGUUAWUUUAUUUAUUCAUGGUACAYUUUUAACCAGUUGAGCUAAAAAUGUCGGGAAAAUGGUGGAUUUCGGCUCGUUUAGGACGACAAGAACAURAACAAAUGAAAAAUAAAAUGUGCAAACUCUUUAGAAAGAUAA